AAAAAUAGCUACGCUGGGCCUGUGGAGUAUAAUAUUUGGAGGUGUUAUUCAACGCGAUGUCUGGACGUGGUGGAAAGACUGGCGGCAAAGCCCGUGCAAAGGCUAAGACUCGUUCAUCACGAGCUGGACUGCAGUUCCCGGUGGGUCGUGUCCAUAGACUGCUCAGAAAGGGCAAUUACGCUGAACGGGUCGGGGCUGGAGCACCUGUCUAUUUGGCAGCCGUACUUGAAUAUCUAACUGCAGAAAUUCUAGAGUUGGCUGGUAAUGCAGCUCGAGAUAAUAAGAAAAAUCGCAUUAUUCCUAGGCAUCUGCAAUUGGCUGUGCGAAAUGACGAAGAGCUGAAUAAAUUUUUGUUUUUGGGGGAGGGAGAAACUCAGAGCUUCAAGUCUGACACUGCCAGAUUGGGCUGUUUUGAAGCCCAAGUCAGAUCAUGCAGAUUAAGGAGGUUUUAA